CCGGUCCUUCUACCAGGGGCCGGAAAGGAGUCGCGCUGCCGGAAGGGAAAAGGGACCGCAGUUGAGGGUUGAUCUCGUUCUUUGGUAGCACUAUGGAUGCACGUUUUACCCGUGGGAAGUCUGCUAUCCUUGAACGUUCUCUCACCCGACCCAAGACUGAUGUGAGCCUCAGUGCCUUUUCCCUGCUGUUUUCCGAGAUUGUACAGUACUGCCAGAACAGGGUCUAUUCUGUUUCUGAGCUUCAGAACAAACUUUCUGAGCUAGGCCAGCAGGUGGGAGCCCGUAUCCUGGAUGUGCUCGUGAUGCGAGAGAAAAAUGGCAAACGUGAAACCAAGGUCAUCAAUAUUCUGCUCUUCAUCAAGGUGACGGUUUGGAAGGCUCUCUUUGGGAAGGAGGCUGACAAGCUUGAGCAAGCCAACGAUGAUGACAAGACUUACUACAUCAUUGAGAAAGAGCCUCUUAUCAAUACUUAUAUUUCAGUUCCCAAGGAAAACAGCACCCUCAACUGUGCUUCCUUCACUGCUGGCAUUGUGGAGGCCAUGCUCACUUGCAGUGGCUUCCCUGCUAAAGUCACAGCUCAUUGGCACAAAGGGACCACACUCAUGAUUAAAUUUGAUGAGUCAGUUAUAGCACGUGACAAAGCGUUGGAUGGCCGUUGACCAUUUUUGUAUAAAUAAAUUCAAAUUGUCCUUGUGUGUAUAUGUAUAUAGAGAGUAUGUACAUAAAGAUGCACACAUUCUAUGAUAAAGUAAUUUAUUCAUAUGUACUUUAAAUGACUAUAUACAAAUGGUAUUUGGUGAUGGAAAGCAAGAUCCAGCCAGCAUGGGGGAAAGGUUAUUGUGUUCCAUAAUGUCAUUCUCAACCAAGUUCUUGUCAGGUAAUCUGCAGUAUACUUCAUCCUUGACUUCUAGGAUUCUGAGUUGUAGUCCCAAAUACCUGGAGGAUACCAGUCUGGGAAAGAAGUAUAUUGAAUUUCUUUGUUACUGUCCUGUUGAAGUUUGACUAUAUUAAUGAAAAAUAUAUGCUUUGCCACCAAGAUAUUUGCUCAUGCUAUUGUCCUUUUUACUUAGUUCUUUCCCUUAUUCAUGACAAUUGCAGCCGAUUUCCUAUGUGUACCUGAAAUAAGAAGUUGGACCUAUGUUGAUAUUUCAUCUAAAAUGUGAUUUUUAGAGAUAGUAUAAUGCAAUGCCUAUCUCUGUGAUAUGUACUUUUUACUGACAACGUUGUUUCUGCUCUGAGCAUUAGGAGAUAAAUCUGCUUGACUACCUAUCUGCAGAAACUGAUAGAUUAUCAAGUAAAGCUCUUUUGAAAGUUGGGCCAAGAGCCACCUGCAUUUCCUGUUAACUUAAUCAUCCCUUCAUACAGCUCUUUCCUGCUAUAUUUUGAAGGGGGGAUAAUUAUAACUGUGAUGUACAUGGUUAUCUCUCUUUUUAGAAAAAAUAAAUGAGAUGACCAUGCGUAUAGACUUCAUACAGAACAAUAAGCAAUAGCUUGUGUAUGUGGAUAGAACUCCUGACAAGUGUCAGGCCUGAGCGCAUUUUCAAGUUUAUCUAAACAAUCCAAGGUUUUACAGUUAGUGCUUAAUAAUAAACCAGAGUUUCUUCAAUCCUGUUUUGGGGACAAAAUGAAAAUUAGUCCUGGUUUAUUUCUUUUUCCAGAUGCAAAGUGGAAUGGAUCGUUGUGUUUUCAAAUCUUGGCUUAAACUCUAUUUAUAUAUGUAGUUUUGACCAGCUUUACCCAACCAAAGACUUGUCAAUAUUUUAGGCUGAAAUUUUAAAUCAAAUUCCCAGACAAUAUGACCAUUUAUUUGUCAAAAAUGUGGGAACUGAAUGCAAAAACAUCUGGAAGGAGAUGAUGAAUGGUGCAAGACUGAUUUGUCAUUUAAUACAUCUAACAUCAAUCUGUUCUUACUGUUUAAUGCACUAGAUUUAUGGGAGAAUUUGCUUACUCAAAUAAUAAACUUGCUGAUUGACCCUUUAA